AUGAGGUCGGGAGACUUUGGAUCUAAUGAGUUGCAAAGCUAUGGGGCCGGUGGUGUUUCAAAACCAACUAAAGGCUUUACGCUAUCCAGACGGUUACUCGAAAGGGAGAUUGGGAGCUACGUUGGAGAACGAGGUAGAAUUUUAAACCAAUUGAUGGCACAAUCAAUGCUUCCGAGCAGUAAAGCAGACUUUAUCAUCCAUUAUGACAAUCGCUCCUACUCUGGUCAAUUUUCCGAAGAUGGGAAUUUCUUUUACAGCUGUUCUCAAGAUUUCCAGGUACGAAUGUACGAUACCUCAAAUCCAUACGAAUGGAAAUAUUAUAAGUCUGUGGAUUAUAUUGGCGGAAGAUGGACCAUCACCGAUGCGACUCUUUCUCCAGAUAACAACCACUUGGCCUAUAGUAGCAUAACAAGCUGUGUCUUCAUGGCGAACACAAGCCCUGGUAAUGAUGAAAUUACUCCUUUAGAGCUAAGUCACGGAGAACGUGGAAACAGGAAUGUUAUGGAUCCUCGUUAUGGUAUAUGGUCUGUUCGAUUCUCUGGCGAUGGUCGUGAAAUUGUAGCUGGGGCAAGCGAUAGUUGUCUCUAUGUAUAUGACAUAGAGACCCGUACGCCGAUUCUCAGGCUUCAAGGGCAUGAGGAAGACGUUAACGCCUAUGGGAUCGGCGCAGUAUGGCAGAUGGGCGGGAGCAAAGGAGAUGGAAGAUAUGUUCUCUCAAAUGCGAAAGACCAGACUAUGAAGUUGUGGGAUAUAAGGAAAAUGAUGGAUCCUAAAGAAUUUGAUGGGUUGCCUGAAUUUAAUUACUCUAGCGGAUUUGACUAUCGCUCGCAGAUUUACAGGGAACCCCCUAUAAAGCUACCACACGAUUCCUCUUUGGUUACGUAUCGUGGGCAUAGUGUCCAUAAAACCUUGAUCCGAUGCCACUUUUCACCACCCACCUCAACUGGAUCUCGAUACGUCUACACUGGUUCUUCAGAUGGAAAAGCCAAAAUUUACAAUCUUGAUGCAACGAUUGCUGGCGAGAUAGAUGUCAAUGCUGCCACGUUGAAUACUAGACCGGUGGAUGAAAGGUUGAAUAAUAGCUGGUAUCGCGAUUGGGACGAGGGAUCAAGCUCGAGAACGUCAUGGAAGACGUGUGUAAGGGAUGUCAGCUGGCAUCCUAGCGCACCUGUAUUAGCAGCUACUUGUUGGAAUGGGUAUGGACUCACUACAGGAACAGUGAGCUUACACACCUGGAACGGCGGGGAGUCAAGGUGGGACGGAAAGGUGACCGCGAGGAGAUAUAAUCCCCAGAUGAGACCGAGGUUCCAGGAAGCUUCGGAGGACGACGACAGUGAUGAUAUGAUUGACGAUAUAUAA